AGGACAUUUCCAGUCAUCAAGUCCACUGUUGGAGGUACAAGAGUGAAGCUUUCGCAAAAGAAAUUGGGAGAAAAGCUUCGCCUUCCCAAUUCUGGAGUUGAAGUUGGAAAAUUUCCAGUCAAAAAUCUGGACUGGAACAUCAUUGGAAUCUCUGGGCAAGCUCCUUCUAGCACAGUGAAGAAAGCAGAUCUAAACAACGAUUACAAGUUGGUUUUGGAACUGGUCAUCGCUUGCCUCGAGUGUGGAAGUGGAGGUCAUGCCGAUGACAUCACCCAGGAGAGAGCCUUCAUCAUCAACUCUCUCAUUACCAAAACUAAGGUAAACUGGGCUGCACACUUUUUCAAUUCCAUCUCAAAGCAUUUGGAAAAGCCCAACCAGAAAUAUCUCUGUCAAGGACUAUACCUUGGACAUAUUUUGGGAUCUAUGGGUAUUGCUUCUAAAGGAAAGAAGUAUGAAGAAAGAUACUGGUUAUAUUAUCUGUCUUCAAAAGGGGAAAACAGAGCUGGUACUAGUACCACUGCAGAAGAAAAAAGCUCUUCAGAUAACGUCCCACUCAUCCAUAUGACGAAGACUACCAAAAGGAAGAAAGUGGUGUCUCCCUCCAUUGAAGCACCAAAGAAUCUUGCUCCAAUAAAUCUUGAAGAAGAGGAAGAAUCCUCUGACCAAGGAGAACUUCAAAGGAAGAAGAAGAGGAAGAUCAACUCCCCAACAUCUGGAAAUGUCAAUCCGGAUGAGUUGAAGGAGAAAGAACCUGCUGAGGAAACAUCUGCUCAAAACGGGAGCCCUCAACAAUUUGAAGAAGAAAUUUCUCAAGUCCAAAGCCUUCCAACCUCAUCUCAGCCUCAAACAGAUGAUGCACAUAACCAAUUCUGGCAGCUAUACUAUGAUUGGAAAGCCUGGAAAGUUGGAAAUUCAGCAGAGCAACUGUUGAAUUGGGACCAACAGCUGAAAAAUGAGAAAAUCAUCAAGAAGUGCUUAGGAAUACCAGUCAACCACAACUGUGAACAGAUUUUGGAUGACUACUGGGUAUGGCAAAGGAACCCUGAAGACUUGCAUCUGGAAUA